GGUUUCUCAGUCAGAGGCUAUUUAACAGUUGCUGACUCAGGGCUCAGCACACAUCUCAGUCAGUCAUGGGUCGUCCUGGGAUUCAGAUGUGGACAUGGACACUUUGUGUCGUCUUGAGCUGGGCGGGCCUGGGUCAAGCCGUGGCAGGACCGCAGUACAUGGUGGCCAUCCCUGCAGUUCUUGAAGCCGGAGCUGAGACUAAGUUCUGUGCAAGUCUCCUGCAGCCCAACGAGACCCUGGUCAUGACCGUUACUCUGAUGUCCCAAGAGGCAAACACGACCCUCCUCAAGCAGACGUCCAGUCAAGAAUUUCAUCUCUGCACUGACUUUCAGGUUCCUUUAGUACAGGAACAAACGGUACAGAUGUUCGAGGUGGACGUACAUGGCGACACAUUUCACUCAAGAGAAUUCAGGAAAGUCAUGAUCAAAGUCCAUAAACCAAUGACAUUCGUCCAAACAGACAAACCACUCUACCUCCCUGGACAAACAGUGAAUUUCAGAGUAGUCACACUGGACACCAAGUUCAGACCUGCCAAUCAGCUGUACAAUAUCAUCGAAAUUGAGGAUCCCAACAACAACAGGAUUGGACAGUGGCUGAAUGAAACAUCCGAUAGUAAGAUAUUGCAGCUCUCUUACGCCUUAAACUCCGAGGCCCCUGAAGGAACCUUCCACGUAAUUGUCACCAUUGGGUUAGAGAAGAUACGUCACAACUUUAAGGUGGAGAAAUAUGUUUUGCCUAAAUUUGACGUCAAAAUAGACGCACCUGGUGAAGUCAGUAUUGAUCAGGAAGAAAUCAAAGCUGAAGUAUGUGCGAUGUAUACAUACGGACAACCUGUGCCUGGUGAUGUCAGCGUUGAGGUGUGCCGACCUCUCAGUCGCUAUGGUCAUAGGUCUUUCAUCUCCCUUGACAAUCCAGAGGGAGUGCCUGAUGUAAAGGCCCCGUGCUAUAACGAGAUAAAGCAGACGGACAAGAAAGGCUGUGCCACUUUUACCUUCCCGAUGUCAACUUUCACAAAACGUGCACAGAAGGUGCUGCGAGAUUCACUGACGUUCAGCGCCAAAGUGGAAGAGGAGGGGACAGGUACUACACACUCACAAGGGAAGGAAAUGACGAUUACAUAUGUGGUUGGAAGGCUGUCCUUCAUCGACACACCCAAGAUUUUUGACGAAGGAGCAAAUGUGGAAGGAAAAGUGAAAGCAGUUCAUUACAAUAAUACACCUGUUCCUGACAUGGCCGUGUACCUGCUUGAAGGUGAAAGGUGGUCAGCACGUCGCAUAGAGAAUCUCACAACUAACAGCGAUGGUAUCGCCACUUUCUCAUUUAAUACAGCUAACCUUAAACGGGACAUCAAAUUACAUGUUAGCAACACACCGACACUGAGCUACGCUGGUUAUAGAACGCCGUACUAUGAGAGUGGAGAACACACGGUGUCUAUGACCCAACUUCCUUCUGAUGAUACUAAAACAGUCAGCUACCUGGAGGUGAAGAAGAGGGAUAAAGCACUGCCCUGUGACGAAGAACAAGACAUCUCCAUCCAUUACACCAUAGUUGGAGAGGCUCAAGGCUCUGCGAAUGUGAUGUAUCUGGUCUUGUCCAGAGGAUCCAUUGUCAUGUUCGGAGAUCAGAAGGUUGAAGUUCAGGACAAAUUAGUGAAUGAGGGUGACAUGUCCUUUAAGCUGAAAGUGUCUCCAGACAUGACACCAGAUGUCCAGGUUGUGGCUUAUGCCAUCCUCCCCAGCGAGACUGUGAUCGCCAACAGCGCUGAUUUCUCCACUGAGAAAUGCUUUAGUCACAAGGUGUCCCUGGAGUUUUCUCCAUCCUCAGCUGUCCCAGGAGAGGAGACCACCCUGCACUUGACGGCCCAGCCAGACUCUCUGUGUGGUGUGAGCGCUGUUGACCAGAGUGUCCUCAUCAAGGAGCCUGGGAAGACUCUGAACGCAGACAAGAUAUUUGGCUUGUUGCCCGUCAACAAAGUUUCCUAUAUUCCAUAUCAAGUUCAAGAUCCUGUAGAGUGCAUGCAUGUGAGACCCAGAAGAUACGUCCUACCAUACCCUGAAAAUGAGAGAGACGAUGCUUAUACAGUUCUCCAGAAUGUGGGGCUGAAGAUGGCGACGAACUUGGUUAUCCGCGUGCCUACAUGUCUCAAGUACAGGGGAAGAGAAUACCACCAGGGCCACCACUAUGGUUAUGCUAUUGAAUAUGAUGCUGCUCCUGGAGUAGCCAGAAUGAGGACACCUGUGUUGAUGUCAGGGUCAAGCGGUCCUGGUGCAGGAGGUGGUGGACGCUACCAAAUUGAAGAUACACCAAUAGAGACGGUCCGCACUUUCUUCCCCGAGACCUGGAUAUGGGACUUGGUGGAAGUUGGAGAGUCUGGAGCGAAGGAUGUGUCCCUCACUGUCCCGGACACCAUUACCACCUGGGAGACGGAGGCUUUCUGUCUGUCCCCUCUGGGUUUUGGCUUGGCUCCUCGUAAAGAGAUCACCGUCUUCCAGCCUUUCUUCCUCGAGCUCAGUCUGCCUUACUCCAUCAUCCGAGGGGAGAACUUUGAACUGAAGGCAACCACCUUCAACUACCUGUCCAACUGCAUCAUGGUCAGUGUGACUCCCACCCUCUCCUUGGAUUACAACCUUACCCCCCUCUCUGACGAGUACACAUCCUGUUUGUGCGGCGGUGAGCGCAAGACCCUCAGCUGGACCAUGGCCCCGUCAGUCUUAGGGGCUGUGAAUGUGUCAGUGACUGCUGAGGCUGUGGCAUCCCACACUUCAUGUGACAAUGAGAUUGUGAGCGUGCCAGAAAGAGGUCGCAUUGACGUGGUCACGCGACCCCUCAUAAUAAAGGCUGAAGGAAUUGAGAAGACAAAGACCUACAACUGGCUGCUCUGUCCAAGAGGAGAGACCUUGACAGAGGAUGCAGACAUUCAACUCCCUGGCGACGUGAUUGAUGGAUCUGCCCGUGCUACGAUAUCAGUCCUGGGUGACAUUUUGGGCCGAGCCAUGAAGAACCUGGAUGGGCUGCUGAAGAUGCCGUAUGGAUGUGGGGAGCAGAACAUGGCGCUCCUGGCCCCCAACAUCUACAUCCUCCAGUACCUGAGAAACACACAGCAGCUGACCCCAGCCAUCAAGGAAAAGGCCACCAACUUCAUGACCAGUGGCUACCAGAGGCAGCUGAACUACAAACAUGACAGCGGUGCUUACAGCACAUUUGGAUCAGGACCAGGCAACACUUGGCUGACUGCAUUUGUGGUGAGAACGUUUGCCAAAGCUCAGUCUUUCAUCUACAUCGACCCAGCAAAAAUUGGAGAGUCUAUGAACUGGCUGAAAAUGAGACAACGUAAAAAUGGCUGCUUCGAACGGUCAGGAAAUCUGUUUAACAACAGGAUGAAGGGUGGUGUGUCUGAUGAAGUGACUCUCAGUGCCUACAUCACUGCUGCCUUCUUGGAGAUGAAUACGUCCACAGAUGAACUUGAGAUGAUGAAGAGCCUGUCUUGUCUCAGGGAGUCUAUCGGUGACCUCAACAACACCUACACUACAGCUCUGCUGGCGUACGUCUUCACCCUGGCAGGAGACAUGGAGACCCGUGCUUACCUACUGAAGCACCUAGACACUGUUGCAAUACAAGAAGGAGGUUUCCUCUACUGGUCUCAGACAGCAACAGAAACAUCAGCCUCUCUGUCUGUGGAGAUCAGCUCCUAUGUGCUGCUGGCCAAACUCAGUGCCUCUCCUUCUACUGAAGAGCUGGGAUACGCCUCCCGUAUCGUCAGAUGGUUGACGGGUCAGCAGAACUAUUACGGAGGUUUCUCUUCCACACAGGACACCGUGGUGGCUCUUCAGGCUCUGGCUCUCUACUCCACUCUGGUGUUCAGUGCAGAGGGUUCAAGCACAGUGACAGUCCAGUCUCCCAGUGGCCAGCUAGCAUUCAGUGUGAAUCAGAACAACAAGCUGCUCUACCAGGAGGAGGUGCUGAAGGACGCCACAGGGAAGUACAGCCUGGCGGUGGAGGGCACUGCAUGUGCUUCAAUGCAGAUUUCUGUUCACUACAACGUCCCAACUCCUACUAAAGUCUCAGCCUUCAGUGUCAAGGUCAAAUCAGAGGCCGACUGCAAAAGCAGCAGACCCAAACUCACUCUGAAGCUCAGGUCCCUAUAUACUGGAAAAGAGACCACGACCAACAUGGUGAUCCUGGAUAUCAAAAUGCUGUCUGGAUUUCUCCCAGACCAAGAGUCUCUGAAGAGACUCAAAGGUGCCCUGCUGGUGGACCGUGUUGAGCAAUCGGACGAUCAUGUUCUGGUGUACAUAGAGGCGUUAACAAAGGACAUACCCAUCAACCACAGCUUAGAUCUCAUACAGCAGGUCCCAGUGAAGAACCUGAAGCCAGCCGUGGUCAAGAUCUACGACUACUACCAGCCAAGUGACCACGAUGAUACAGAAUACACUUACCCUUGUGUUGAAGGUUGAAGAGUGAAGUGUGGUCAGUCCUCCGGCCGUCACUGAUUCCAGUAUAAUUUAAUAAAGAACACAGAUACAUUUUAUGUACCCUAACACCAUGUUUGUUUGUGUAAACACACACAAGGAGUUAACACAUAUUAGCUUGUUCUUCCCCUCACAGCUGUGUCUGGAGUCAAAUUCAUGCUGAACAGACAAUAAAAUAAAGAGAUGUGAAUGUUCCACCUGAAA